AUGAGUUUAUAUGGAUUUGAUCCGUUAGUUGAAGAUAAUACAUUUAGUGAUAAGGAGACACAUGAUAUAACAUCAUCUCUUCCAGAAAUCGAAAUUCCGUUGCAUCUUCUUUUCAGAUCUCAAAUUCGUUGGAAUGCUAAAUUAAUAGCUAAUACUGCCGUAGCGCUUUCACCGCACUUCAUCAAUCUGUACCAACAACGUAAGAAAGGUGAUGCAUUUAAGCUUUAUUGUUCAAUUUUCAUAGGUGAUGUUACUUUACUAGGAUAUACAGAAGAAAAGUAUGUUUUGGUUCAAUCAAACACACAGAACAUCAUCUUCUAUGCAACACAAGGCUUGAAAUUUGCACAAUUACUUUAUCGUAACUAUCAAUUAUCUUUUUCUGCAUUAAUGGAUAAGAAUUUACUCACUUUGAAAUGCCCAGACAUAUCGCUAUUCCCUCGUUUAGACCUUCCUCUCUCUCCUUCACAGCAAUUCCAGCUUACGUAUCUUGCUGCUUGUGUAAAGCUCGGUGUACCUUAUAAUCACCAAGUAGUGAGAUAUGUACAUACAAUGCUUCUCAGCCAGAACACUAUUAUCGAUAUCGCUCAACUUCCUAUUGAUUAUUCAAAGCCACAAGAACAAUCAAGCAUCAUCAAGCCUAUGUUUACUACUCUAGGAGAAAUGAACUUCUUAUCCGGUAUCUGCUGCUCAGAUACGAAGAAGCCAAACCUUAUUGACUUAAUGACUGAAUUUAUUAAGCUCGGAACUAAUUUCCGCAUUGUACAUUUCAACAAUUGUGGUAUCAAUUCUGGUUUUACAAACCUUUCCAGAAAUGCAAGAAGCAAUUCCGAUUUUAACGUAAAUUAUUGGGAUCUUUCUGGAAACAACCAAAUUCAUGAUAUCCAAGCCUUCCCAGAAAUUCUUUCUUACAACCAGAGUCCUGUUUUCCUCCUCAAUUUGUCCAGAAUGAACAUUCCUCCAAAAGUUGCUGCAUCAAUUUUCGAAGUUAUGGCAAGAAAUGACAAUUUCUAUGGUGUAAGGCAUCUUUUCUUGCAGGGAUUCCCAUUCCAGGACCAAACAGUCCAGAAGAAUAUCACUACUUUCUUGGAAAACGCAAACAAAGAUUCAAGAUUGGAAUUACAAACUUUGGAUCUUUCAAAAUGUGGUCCAGGCAUGGAUGCUACACUCAGAGCAUUCUGUUCUUACAAGACCCAGCUCAAAACUUUGCUUUUGAACGAUAAUAAUAUCACUCCUUCGGCAUUUGAAGUCAUUUGCUUUGCUUUGAGAACAUUUAACACCAUAGAAAAACUUGAUAUUUCAGGAACUAACUUGACUAAGUCGAAUUUGGCAACAAUUAUCCAAACAAUUUCUGAAAAUGUCAAUAUCACUAAGUUUAGGAUAAUUAUGGAUAGGAUGGCUAUCAGUAGUGAUGGAUUGCUUCCUAUUUUGCGCGCAUUCCUUUCUUCAAGGCGUGAAAAGUGGAUUGAAAUUUCCUUGAACGGAAAUAAUAUGACAUUUGACGAUGUUGAACCUUUGCAAGCUUUAGUUAAGAAGAUGCAUAACCUCGAAGCAAUCUCCCUCAGUAACAAUUUCACCGAAAAAAUGAAAGGUGUCGGUGAAUUACUUGGAAGAUUCUUUUUGAACGGUCAUCUCAAGAAAUUAACGAUAGAAGGUACGAACGAAAAGAAGCUUGGUCAUGAAUUAUUGCCACUUCUUCAAGCGGCAAGUCAAUGCCAACAACUAGAAUCCUUAGAUAUCUCUGGAAACUGCGGUAAGAACGAAAUAAUUCCUCUUCUUUCCGCAAUUGUUUCUCAGUGCAAGAACCUGAAGUCAUUGAAGAUGGAUGGCAACCAAAUAAACCAGUUUGAACAGAUGGACCAACUUAUUACAAGUAUCAAGGAAAACGAAAGCGUUAUUAGUUUUAGCUAUCCUGUCCUUGAUGCUAAACAAUUCGUUGAUUCAAAGAAGCAAAAAGACCAAAAAAUGUUGAUAUCUCAAAUUUCCAACCAACAAGUUGAAGCUGGAACACAUAUCAACUGCCAUAGACUUGCACUUAAAAUGCCAUCAGAACUUCCAUUCGAAGCUAACGAAGAUGUCCAAGAUUUAAUCCAAGAAAUCACAAGAGACGAAACAAGACAUGUACGUGGAAGAAAACUCAUGAUUCAUUACAUGGCUUGCGAGGAGAUGCAUGUCCCUCUUCCUUUCCAAGCAGAACAUCUCUCAGAGCCAGAAAAUGUUUUGUUACUUCAAAACACAGAAAAAAUCAAAGUUUACGAAACUCCUUCUUUGGAGAAAUAUGUCGAAGAAGACAAAGAUAACUACAAAGGAAUUCCAUUCACAACAAUGAAUCCUGACUUCAAUACUUUGUUUGCUAAUGAAAACUCCUCAGAAAAUGAACAGAAACAAAAAGAAAGUGAAGUGAAACAAAGUGAAGUGGUCGCAACCAAAGAAAGGGCUAUUUUCUUGUUCAAUGAAGAAGAAGCGGAGAAACAUGAAGAUGAAGAAGAGAAGAAACCAAAGAAGAAAGCUCCACCUUUGAAGAAGAAACAAAUCAAAGAUAAUGAUGAUGACGAAGAUUACAAGAACAUCAAGAGAAGAGUUGAUGAUGACAGUGAAGAUGAUUUCGAAAUUAAGACAAGAAGAAUCUCAAAGAAAGAAUUACAAAGAAUUCUUCCAAUUGAUGCUGAAAUUUCUGACAGUUCUGAUGAUUACGAUGAUAAUUACGUGGAUCCAAGUGAAAAGGCUCCGAAAUUCGUUCGUAAAUCAAUCGAAGAUGAUGAUGAGGAACCACCAAUGCCUGUCAAAAAGUCAAAACCGUCCAAACCGUCGAAGGCAAGUCUAAAAUUGUCAGAAAGUUCAUCGGCACCAGAAAAACCGAAACCAAAGCCAGUUAAAAAGCUUUCCAUUGGAACACCACAAGUAGAAAUCAACAGGAUUCGAGUUGAGUCAGAAUCCGAAACUGAAGAAGAAGAGGAAGAAGAAAUUCCACUUCCUCCUUCACCUUUGAAGAUGAAGAAUCCAGCUCCACCAAUUUCUCCUCCUCCUGUCGAAGUUCCAAAAAUACAAAAGAAGAAAUUCCAGUUUUCUGACAGCGAUGAUUAUAACCAAUCUCCACCAUCUCCACCAGCUGAAGUUAAGCCUCUCAUGCAACCGAAGCCAAAGCCAAAUAAGAUGAGACCACCUCCAAUGCACGAGAAUCCAUUCAAGAAACCUUCUCCCCAAAAGAAACAACCUGUAAAGCCAAAGAAACUCGAAAUCAAUGACUCAAGUGAUGAUGAUAUCGAUGUUCCUCCUCCACCACACAUCAGAGAAAUAGUGAAGAAUGGAAACAAAGGUCCUUCACCUUCUAAGAUUCCUGUUUACAAUAGGAAUCAAUUCCAAUUCUCUGAUUCAGAUGAAUGA